AUGUCUCAAGAAGAAGAAGAGCAGCCCAGAGUGCUCGCGGCGUCUGUCGCAGAUUUCAGAUACUUCGCCGCCCUCCUCAAAGGCGUCAGUUUCACCAACCGCGCACGCGUUUCAAUCGACCCCGCCGCGUUCAUUGUCACCGUAGAAGAGGCGAGAAGCAUCCAAGCUACCGCCUACAUAUUCAGAGACAUCUUUGAUGAAUACGUUUACCGACCCGAGUCUAGACAUGGUUCACAAGACCUGGACCGCUCUGGUGAAGACUACGUGACCACGGUGUUCGAGAUCCCGCUCCACACCCUCAUCGAAUGUCUUAACAUCUUCGGCUCUACCCCCCUGAACCCCGGCUCGGCAACGAAGAAGAAGCAGAAGCACGAGGACGGCGGCGACUCAGACGGUGGUGGCCCGCGCAACCGAGAUAAGGGCCCCGGAGAUCCCGGCGCAGGGAUCGCGAGACUCGACCAGUGGUUUGCGCCAGGCAAGGGAACGGGGAUGCGCCUCUCGUAUGCAGGGGCCGGGCACCCCCUCACCCUGUUCAUCGUGGACGAGUCAGGUGGCCCGACGGCAACCUGCGAGAUUACGACCUGGGAGCACGAGCCCACCGACUCCGAAUUCUCCAUCGACGGCGACGGCGCCGUCCUGAAGAUCAUUCUAAAAUCGUCUUGGCUUCGGGACGCACUCGCCGAGCUCGACCAGAACACGACGACGCUCACUAUCAUUGGCAAUCCGCCUCCGCCGGGGAACCGUAUUGUGCGCAACGCCCCGCCGCGGCUCCGCCUCCGCGCGGUGGGGCAGUUCGGGACCACGGAAAUGGACUAUCCGAAUGACCGGGAGGUGCUCGAGACUUGCGAGUGUCCCGAGGCUGUAUCGUUCACGUAUCGCUACUCGCACGUCGCGAAAGCAUUGCGGGCAAUGCAGAGCUCCAUGAAGACAUCGUUGCGCAUCGACCAGACGGGGAUGUUGAGCUUGCAGUUCAUGAUGCCUACCCCACGACGUCGCAACAAGCAAGCACAAGCAUUCAUCGAGUUUUGGUGUCUUGCGAUGGACGAUCCAUGA